UUUUCCUGUCAUCAUACAAAGACUUCCUGUCCUGGUGGUCGAAGCUUCUUUUGUAGUUGGCAUUGUUGACAGCCAUGGGUGUGGAGAGUACAAGUUAGAGUGUUUUUUUGUUUGUUUGUUUUUUGGUCUUGUGGGUGUGUGUUUGUAGAUAUGAUCGUUUGAACUAGGUCGGUAAAGGAAAGUCUUUAAGUCUACUGUCUGGUCCACACUCCGGAACAGAAGGUGGCGGUAAUGCACCAAGAGCUGGAGGAUGCCAACCGCCGUAAAACAAGAAGAAGAGGAAGAAGAGCAGCUUCUUUUCAUUCUUUGAGAAGGAGCGGCUCCUCGGUAUAGCUUCCAGAUAGCGGAGCAGCGUUUGUCCAGCCGUUAGCUCUGUUUACCGUCCAGCUCCUGCUAGCAGAAAGGCCAGGCCGCCGCCAUGACCUCCUCCGGAGACUUCCACUCCCAGAUCGCCUCCAUCAUGGAGGUCCUGGCUAACGCCGCCGUAGCGGAGAUCUGUAAAGUUGUGGACGACGGAUACGCGGUGGUUCACCUGGAAAUGUCCCGGAGCCAGAAGGAGAACGACUUCCUGAGGAGGAAAAUCAAACUGCUGGAGCUGCAGAUCGCCAGGUACCGAGCGGAGAGAGUCCGAGGACCGGAGGGCUCCACCGGCAGCCGCUUCCCCGGAGUCCGCCUCCUUAACCGGCAGAGCAGGGACUCACCGGCAGGUCCGUCUCUGCAGACCAGGACCAGGUUCCUGAACCGAGGUUCAGGAUCCCAGCAGCCGGUCCAGAAGACCCCUCUGAUAGACCUGGACCAGGAUCCUGAUCAGGAGGUCGUCACCACCACCAAAACCGAGUCGACAGAGCCUGAGGAGGACAGGGAGCUGCUGAUCGUGAAGGUGGAGGGAGGGACGGAGGCUGGAGGACCGGCUGAUCCCUGCAUCGACACGCCGCCCAGCAUCCAGCCGGACAGACGCUGCAGCCAAACGGAGGCCCAGGGAUGUCUGAUUAACACAAGCAGCCCUCACAGCCAGAAGGAAAACGUGGAGGAAGUCAAAGGAGACCCUCCAGGGAGGUCCAGUCCACUCCAGAACCAGAACCAACUGGAAUGGCAGCAGAACAUGGAGGCUGAAGAUCCGGAGCGACCGUCCUGCUCUACGUACAAACCAGAAAACUCCUCAUUCAGCCACAGCCUGGCCUUCAGUUUCCACUCUGUCUCUAAAAUGUCUAAGAGCGGUAUGAACCAGGACAGUCCAGCUUCCAGCUUUGAUUCCACUGCGGUCGGCUCAGUCUCUCAUGUGGCGGAGGACAAAUGCAGCAAGUCCUGGACGUCUGGUGGAGGUGAUGGAGCUGAUGAGGUGACACAGUACCAACCACUGCUGUUACUUCAUCAGGGUGGAGGAGCCGACGGCAUCCCUGUUGCUACGGGAAUGGUGGACUCCCAGCAGUCCCAGCCUUUCUGCUCUGGAGUACAGCAGACGGACAACUUCUCCAACCAGCUUUACCAGCCUUCCAGCAGUCUGAAGCCGGAGUCAGGUCCAUCCCAGCCUCCGCCCUCCCUGCCCUAUGGCUGCACCUUCUGCUCCCGCCGCUACGCCCACCGCUGCCAGCUCCGCAGCCACGAACGAGUCCACACUGGGGAGAAACCCUACCAGUGCACCCAGUGCGGGAAGAGAUUCGGCCAGAUCUGCAGCCUGAAGCGCCACCAGAUGGUCCACACUGGGGAGAGACCGUUCCCCUGCCCCCACUGUGGGAAGCAGUUCUCCACCUCCACCAACCUGAAGGUCCACCAGAGCGUCCACACCGGGGAGAAGAGGUUCCUCUGCUCAAAGUGUGGCAAGAACUACUCCUUCCUCAGCAACCUGAUCAGGCAUCAGGCUCUGCACUCGGCCAAACGCUCGUCCCCAGCAGCAGCAGCGGAGCGUCCCGCUGACGGAGCCGGGAUGAUGGCGGACUGUGUCGGCUUCCAGGCGCAGAUCGCCUCGGUCAUAGAGAUCUUGGCUAACUCCGCCGUGGCGGAGAUCUGCAAGCUGGUGGAGGACGGAUACGCGGCUCUGAGGGCUCAGAUCGAGCAGGAGAGGGAGAAGAGCGAGAAGGAGAAGGACGCCCUGCGGCUGAAGCUCCGGGAGAUGGACGUGAAGAUCCGGAGCUACGAGAGGAAGAUGAGGAGACGGAUCCAGAGGGAGGAGAGCGCCCAGUUUAGGCCCCCACCAGGACCAGGCGAUCAUCAGCCUCUGGUUCCUCCACUUCCUGCUGCUGACAAACCCCUCCUUCACCUGUCAAAGGAUGAGGUGAAGGUUUUUCCACUGGUAAAGCAGGAGAAAGAGGAGAGAGAUGAUUGCAACCUGGACCUGAAGGUGGAGGUGAACAUCAGGGCAGAGUGUGGCCUCUCCACCGCUCUGGAGCCCACUGAGGAACCUCCCCACACCGACAUCGUUCUGGACACCAGCUUCGUGUCUACCCCCUCCCAGCCGUCCUCCCCCCCCACUGAGGCCACCAUGGACCUGACCUGCAGGCCUCGAGCCAAACGUAAAGCCACCAAGCCUCUGGGCAGCACUCUGACAGUCAGCAGCGGGGUCCCUCCAGUCCCUGAAGCUGCUGGCAGAGACCUGACAGGGAGCCUAAAGAACGGUGCUGUGAAGCCAGAGGUCCAGACAGAUGAUGCUACAGACGAUGAAGCUCAUCCCUCUCAGCUGUCGGCUCCUGUAGCUUCGGACGAGCCGAGCCCUGAGCGGCUCAACAGCCUGGGCCUGGACCUGGCCUGGAUGCAGGAGCGGGUCAGCCAUCUUGGAGCAGCGUAUGCCGUAGCACAGCUGGGUUUGGGCAACUCAGAAACUGGACACCCUUCAGCCUCGUUCACCUCACAGGGAGGAGAAGGUCUUGACGGCCCCCCGACCAUGCUCUUCACUGGGGGCACUCAUGAAAUGGCUGCCUUCGCCGCCUCCUUUGACAUGGCUGCUGCUGCUGCCGCCGCCGCCGUUGUAGCUGCACCUCCUCCACCUCCUCCUGCACCGCCUCCCCCUGCAGCUCCUUCUGCCACCACAGCAAGCCAGCGGCGGCCUUACCGGAGCAGUGCUCCGGCUGCUAAAGAGCCCGUGGUGUGCACGGUGUGUGGCCGGGUAUUCCCCAGUGGAGCUGCUCUGGAGCUGCACCAGCGAGUUCACACAGGGGAGAGACCGUACACCUGCCCCCACUGUGGGAAAGGCUUCGCCCAGCCCAACAACCUGCGGGUCCACCUCCUCAUCCACACCGGGGAGAGGCGCUACCGAUGCACGCUGUGUGGGAAGAGCUUCAUCUCAUCCAGCCAUCUGAAGAGGCAUCGCACCGUUCACACCCAGGAGAAACCCUACAGCUGCUCACGCUGUGGACAGUCCUUCAGCCAGAUGUGUAGCGUCCGCAGACACCGGCAGCAGUCUCAGUGCGGCCUGAGCACCUACAGUACACAACAGAAGACGGAGCGGGCAGACACCAUGUCCAGCCGGCUGGCCUUUCAGACCCAGCUGGCCUCCAUCAUGGAGGUCCUGGCUAACGCGGCGGUGGCGGAGAUCUGUAAGCUAGUGGACGACGACUACGCGGUGGUGAGUCUGCAGAUGUCUCAGUGCCAGAGGGAGAACAAGGCGCUGAAGAGGAAGCUGCAUCUGCUGGAGCUGAAGAUGGCCCGGGGGAACGCAGAGAGGAGGCUUCGGGAGAGCGCCAUGAACAACAGCAGCAGACCGAGGGUUCAGAUCAGCAGCAGCCUGCAGGAGUCCUCCAGCACCGACGGUGUGUUUGAGCGACCAGUGGACGUGAGCCUGUGGUCUGGUAGAGCUGCUAGCAGGACCUCCACCAGUGAGAUGGUCCUCUCUGAGAGCCUGCAGAGGAAGUCUCCAGGUGUGGAGCUGGUGGAGCCAGAGACGUUGGUGGUGAAGGAGGAGAAGAUGGAGGCCAACAUGUCACGGGUUGUAGAGGGACAGGAAGACGGAGCGCUGAUAGGAGAGGACGGAGUGCUGGAGCUUCUCCCCCGUGGUGCCGCAGCUCAGAGGCCCCGACUGCAACACCAGAACUCCCAGUCCACCUCCAGUCAGCCCCAGGUCCAGAGCCAGGUCCAGAGCCAGAACAGCAGCAGCAGAGGAGUGGAGGUCAGUGGCUCCUCUCCUCUCCUUAAGUGUGAACUGAGUGGCUCUGUAGAGGGCAGACAUUCUCUCCAGCCAGCAGUAAACCCACACCAGUAUACCGAUGGCGGCGGCAUUGUGUUGUGUGACGGUGAUAGAAGUAGUAACUCGUUGGUUGAGGGCUUUUUUGACAAGCCCUCGGGCGUUGAAGUGGAAACUCGGGCGUUGAAAGUGGAUUUCCCGUCGUCCUCCUCUGUUAACGGCUGGACUCCUUACCGACCUGCUUUCCCGCUGCCUCAGCCCUUUAGCGACGCCAGCAAAGCGCCGCCUCGAGUCAGCAAGGAAAGACUGUUUGUCUGUAGCUACUGCGGUAAAACCUUCAACCGGCCGAAGAAGUUGGAGAUCCACCAGCGCGUUCACACCGGGGAGAAACCUUUCAGCUGCUCUACAUGCGGGAAGAUGUUCUCAGAGGCCGGAAACCUCAGAAAACACCAGAGAGUUCACACGGGGGAGAAACCGUACAGCUGUGGCAUGUGUGGCAGAGGUUUCGCCUGGAUACGAAACCUGAAAACACACCAGCAAAAGAGCCACCCUGAAAUUUAUGCUGAAGAGAAUAAAGAUGAGGAGCCAGAUGUGGUGCUGGUGAAGGUGGAGGAGAUGGAGCCGGUGACGGGACCUCGGACAGGCCUCAGCAUUCAGGAGGGUUUGGUGGAAUCGAGCACAGAUGACUACAGAGGAGUGCUGCCAUUGGACGACACCGUACAAGCAUCCACCAAUCAGCUGUCUGACCAGCAGGACUCUGGGCGGGGCUUCUCAGAGGUCAGCUAUGGCCAUUCUUCGCUGUGGACUAAUGGGGAGGGUAGUUACGAUGCCAGCCUCCCAGGGCCGUCCUCUCACUGUUCUCCCCUCUCAUACCUGCCGGGUUCCAUCCUUAGAGCAGAACCCGGCGGUUCUGGGAGGGGAAUGGAGAAAAUUGCAGAGAGGGAACUGGCUGUUGGAAACGCUAGAAGUUUCCCACCCUUUUCCUUUGAGCCAAAUGUUCCCGUUAUCGAUCUGUCAGAGGAGUCCAGCCCCAGUCAGGUGUCAGGUCAGAUGCAGGUGGGGCCGCCAUCUGUUCAGGGGCCCCAACCCUUCCUGGACCCCGGUCCGGGUUUGGGCCCAAAGGGCCUCAUGAAGAGAGUUUACAUUUGCACCUUUUGUGGGAAACAGUUCAAUGCCCCGGCAAAUUUAGAAUCCCAUCUGAGGACUCACACUGGAGAGAGGCCGUACGGCUGUGUCAUCUGUGGCAAAAAGUUCUCCCAGUUUUGGAACCUGAAGAUCCACAGGAACAUCCACACCGGGGAGAGACCAUACCAGUGCUCCCUCUGCACCGAGAGGUUCUCUGACCCGAGCAACCUGAAAAAACACCAGAAGAGACACCACCCACAGGACGUAGGCAUGCAGUCAGGAAGACCUUAUCUGUACUCGAAGCUCAAGACCAAAAAUAUGAACUGGAACCUGAAAGCGUUGGGAUCCCAGGACUCCAGCAGGGUGGUGGAAGUUCAGCUGAAGGUCCCAGACACCAACACGCCCUCCAACCCCUCCACAGACCAGCAGCAUGGAGGCAGUGAAUACUCCCUGUUUGAACUGGAGACCUUCUUCACCCGCUGGGCCCCUGACACUGACCCUGCAUCGGCUCCUAACGGCCCACAGUGUUCCUUCACCAAUGAAGACUCAACAGAUUACGAGCAGGAUGGAGUUAUUAUUGUAGAGACCCAGUCACAAGCAGGGCUGACUGGAGGGAGCAGUUCCUCCUCUACAUCACAAGGCCCGUCUGCAGAGAACUCUGGGUCUGCACGCCUGAGGAUGCCAGUUCCACCUCUCCAGCCUCCAUGGAGCAGAUCUCCAGCCAUCAUUAGAAGUUCUCAGCUGCAUCGUAACGGCAGCAGAAUCUCUCAGCAGCAGCACAGCAUUCCCUCUGCACAAAGCACUCUGUCCUCCAGUAACAGCAGUCGUAGCGACACCAUAAAGACCAUGAGGGGCUCUGGAGCUCCACAGUCCUCCUUACCUACCAGGGGAUCUGCCUGCGAAGUGUCCAUCAGUGCUCGUCAUCAGGCCAGCCUUCUAGCUCGCCACAGUAAACACCAGCCGGCCGGCACUGCUCCAGGAGAGCGUCGCAGGAGGAGCUACGUGUGCCGGGCUUGCGGUAAGGCUUUCUCUGGCCUGUCCAACCUGGAGGCCCAUGAGAGAGUCCACACUGGGGAGAAACCUUUCUGCUGCAACACCUGUGGGAAACGUUUCUCAGAAGCCGGGAACCUGAAAAAACACCAGAGGGUUCACACCGGAGAGAAACCCUUCAGCUGUGACCACUGUGGGAAGAGGUUCGCUUGGAUCUGCAACCUGAGGACUCACCAACAGUCCGCUACCGGCUGCGGACCCCAGACCAGGGGAGGGUUAGGACUGGACUGAUCCCAGCAGAUUGGAGACGACUGUUAAUGCCACUAGGGCUGUAUUUUCACACAGAUACUCACCACCAUGUGUGUGUUCAGAGCUACUAAUGAUGUGCACUGACUUUGCUGCUGACUCUUUAAUUUGAAAGUUUAAAUUUUUUGACUUGCAUGACUUCAUCAGAAGGAUUUUCAUUUUUAACACUGACAACAUUUUAACAUUUACAGAAAUAAGCAUUCACUAAAACCACUCAGAUGUUUAUAAAAACCCAUUAAAAAAAUUGGACUCCAUGGUAUUAAUGCCAUCUAUACUUGACUAAAAAGCUGUCUGGUCUUCCUCUAGCUGUUUCUCAGGUGCGAACAGAAGAACUGAGCAGUGAGAGCCGUGGAGACUCAAUACCACUGUUUAUGCUGCAGGACGGUAAUCUUAAGAUCUGUGACAUCGUUGUGCCUCGACCACCAAACACUCUAUGGUGUAUCACUACCACCGGCUACCUUCCCAGCUGCUCCUCAUUUCUGUUAACAAAAUGCCAACCACACUGUCCAGGAUCAAAUGGAAAGAACAAAUGCUGUAUCUGAAAAAACAUUCAGAUUCAAUUCUAAUGAUGUUCUGUUACCAAAAGUGUGUUUAAAGAAGUUUUACUGCCAGUUUUACAUUGAAUUGGGGCUCAACUACAUUCAUCCUCAACAACGUGUAUAGUUUUGCAAUUCUCUUAAAAUAUUAAACAAUAACUAAAAUGAUUUUUAGUUGUACCAGGUUCCGGGUCUAAUGCUGCUAACUCUUGACCAAUUGCAGCAGUCUUGGGUGAUUUCUGUUUUUAAUGUCAUCUUAUUUCAUUUCCAGAUCUUCUUGUUUUAAUUGAUUCAUUUGAUAAAUUACUUUUUUUCUUUUUUAAAAAAUUGUUUUCAAAAUAAUUUGACUUAAUUAUUUUGUCACAGUUUGUUGUUUGUGUUCCUUGGUUCCUCAGACCACUGGUUUUUCCUCGGCUCUGCUGUACGGCCAUCAUGUAUUUCUAAUCAGAAUAAAGGUUUGAAGGAACGUG